AAAAAUAAUAUAAAAGUGCCUGGCAAAUACAAAACAGGCAUAGAUGCAAGUAUUUUAAUAGCAAAUUGCAGCAUUUAUUUGUACGAAAUCUGUAAGGACAUCCCUACAAAGGAAGUGAUUAAAUGCAAAUUUAUCCCAGCGUUGAUAACGGAAAUGAAUAAUCUGAUGGAGAAGUAUAAUCAGGAUGGCAGGCACAACCUCCCUGAUGUGGAACGCCUGAAGGAUAAGCUCCUGGCCAGUAUCGCAGAGAAUGCUGUACAUGCAUUUAAUGAGGCCUGUGCCACACACAUGACAAAAUUCAUGAAAUGCGCUUUUAAGGAAAAGAUCGAUAAAGUCACCACAGGCAUCAGCAAAGUCACUGGCAACAUGCUUGGCAGGUACAAGACUGAUGAUUUCUUUCAGGAGCAGAGGCAAAGGCAUGUGAUGAGAACAGCCAGCAAGACUGCAGCUGUGUCUAAAUCAGAAUAUGAGCAAAGUGACCUCGAACAUUAUGUCAAUAACAUCAGUGACAUUAACCAGCCAGCCUCGGAGCUAGAUAUCUAUGUUCUCACAAAGAGUGACUUGCUCCAGGGCAAAGGCAUCCGAGUUACAAUUGUAGACAAACAUGGAAAACCAGUUUACGAGAACGAUUACCCAGGCAUUGAUCCCUCUGCUGGAAACAUCGAACUCAGACUGACCAGAAAGCCAGAACAAGCUGAAGAAAGUCUACUCUCAAAGUGGAAAGACCAGAUAUUAGGAGUUGGAACUUCACAUACCGGCCAUUACACUGUUCUUCACCCAGACGGAAGAGAAUGCCCAGUAGUAUCAGAUGGCCAGAACUGCCUGUAUCAUGCUGUCAUCCAAGCCACAUCUGGGGAUAACCAGCACGACAUCAAAGAGAAGGCGGUCAUUUUGCGCAAUAAUGUAAAAAGACAGAUUCAAGACAACCCAUUAGUUUAUGUGCGGUUAGUGGAAAUCCAGAAGAGCUAUGAUGAAUGUAAAACCAAUCCUGGACAAUAUGCCUUCAUCGGAGGAGGGAAAAAAGAUUUCCAGAGACAAGAGGACAAGGAUCGUGAAUAUUUUUCUGCCAUGGAAACCAUGAAGAAAUUUAAGCAUGUUUCUGGGUUGUCAGAAUAUGUUAUUGCCAUAAAAUAUGAUCUUGGAUACGUGGGGACAUAUGAAGAAUUAAAAAGUUUUACUAAGUGUAAAGCACAAGUUGUGGAAAAGGACCACAUCAUACCAAAGGAUACACUUCAGAGGGCCCUGAAGGAAAAUAAAUUCAAUGAACUUGAGCAGAAGAAUCCACAGCUUCAUGCUCUUGUGAAGAGUAUAACUAAUGACCAAAAUGGAGAGAAACAUCUGGUUAUGCAAGUACUCUACCAGCAUCACCGUGUUUCCCUGACCACAGGCAAUUACAGUGAGGCAAAGCAAUGCAGGGAGAUGUUGGCUAAAACAAUCGUUUCGGGGGACGCAAAGGGAAUGAUAAAGAUGAGCAUUAUCAUGGGCAACCCUUUCUCAUCCGCGCUGGUCCUGGAGGAAGCAGGACUAGAUCCCCACGUAUGCAAAAUAAACAGGGAGACAUCUCUGUCAGAGUCUGGGACCAAGUGCUACUACAAAGUUGGAUACAAGCAAUUCAUUGAUCACUAUCAUAAAAUGGGCAUCAUUGAUCAAAAUCAAAAGAAGAGUCUGCAGUCCUGGUUGAAUAAAGAUGAUUUCAUGAAGAAAGACACUAUUGAGUUUAAAAAGAUAACAACAUGCCUGAUCCGCCAAACGAAGAAAGAUACAAAUGUGAAACACUGA